GGGAGCCAUAGUGACGUAUUUCCGGUAUCAUGUCAGCCUUCUGCUGAAACCUCAUGGCUAAAGCUGCCGUAUUUAAAUCUAUGUUUGUUCUCGUUACAGUUUAAAUGAUAUCGUUUUAAUAAGACAACAUUAAGAGAGAUGGCAGGAGUUGUACCAGAGAAAAGUCGUGCCUUGAAGUUUGCAGAGAAGCAACUCCUGCGUCAUGGCUGGGAACAGGGCAAAGGACUGGGGCGAGCUGAGGACGGCAUAUCAGAGGCUAUCAAGGUCAAAAUAAAAUGUGGCAAAGGAGGGGUUGGUCAUAAGGAAGGGGACGAGUUCACCUUCCACUGGUGGGAUCAUGUCUUCAAUAAAGCCUCUGCCAGCCUGCAGGUGGAGUCUGAUCAGAACGGUACCAAGUUGAAGAAGAUCGUGGAGGAAGAUGAAGACUUGGGGAUGAUCUCCAAUAAGAAGCCACGAAAAGCCACGCUAGCAAGAGACAAACUUUAUGGAUGCUUUGUCAAGUCGUCCACGCUGCUGUCGGGUCAGGAGCAGCCGGAGCUGAAGCCGAAGCCUUCCAGCUCCGACGACAGCAGCAGCUCAGAGGAGGACGACCAGAAGUUGAAUCUCUCCAGCACCACAAAGCUUUCUGAUGCUGAUCUAAUGAAAGCUUGUGGAGGACGCACAGCACACAAAGGAGCACGACAUGGCUUUACAAUGAGCGCCAAGUUGGCCAGACUAGAGCAGCAGGAGGCCGUGUUCAUGGCUAAGUGGGGCAAGAAGACCCAACCAGUCAGUGCUCCACCUGUUUGUGUUACACCGACUGCACCGACCUCCAAGUCAGCUGAGAAGCAGGAGGAGGCAGUAGAGGACUCUCACAGAAAAAAGAAGGGAUCCACUGAGAAUGUUCAAGAGCCAAAUGAUGCAUCUGAAAGUACUGAAACGGAUGUUAAACACAAAGAGAAAAAGAAGAAAAAGAGAGCCACUGAGGAAAGAAGGGAUACAGUUUCAACUGAAGUGGAUGUGAUCUGCGCAGGAACCGGUGAAGCAGAACUUUCUCAAACAACAAAGAGGAAACAUAAAACAAAGAGAAAGGAUGCAGAGCAAAAUGAUGAAACGCCUUCACCUGCAGCAGAGAGCGAGCGUCCAGAGGAGGCUGCUGAGCUGCACGCUGACCGAGAGGUGAGGAAGAAGAAGAAAAAGCAGAAGUCUUCCAAACAGCACAGAGAAGCUGCUGAGGAAGAGGAGGGUCACGAUACAGAGCAGGACUGCGCUCCUAAAACCACAAAAAAUCAAAAGGCUGCCGAUUUAUUUGAGGAAGCUGAAGUAAAAGAGGAAGAAGCGAGAGUGAAGCAGAAAAGAAAAAAGUGCAAAAAGGACAAGUCAACAAUAGAUGGCGAUACAAACGAGGAGGAACUUCCCCCAAAGAAGAAGAAAAAGAAGAAAUCAAAAGAGUAGUACAUUGAUGAUUAUCUGUCUGGCUUACCUUUUGAAUGGGAAGUUAUCUGCCAAACUUCCGGAUCCGAUCGGAGAAUGUCUUUCUAAUUCAGACUUGAAACCAGAUAAUGACUUCCAUCAGUAUUGUAUGCAAAUAGGGUUCUCCAUCAAUAUUGUCUGAUGAAUUUAUGAUGUUCCAGAAAUAACGGAGCAUAAGGUAUAUGGAGUGGUGUGCUGAGGAUGCAGACUUUGUAAGACUGUUGAUUUGUAUACAACAUGAAAUGUGUUCAUUUGAAUCAGUCUUUUAAUUUGAUGCUACAGGUCAUUCAUUUGGAGAGUCAGUGCUCUACUCAGACGCAGUGUUCAAGCCCAGCGUUUCCAAACGUAGACGAGAUAAAAAGCAGGCGUGGAUGUGUGUAAGAUGGGACAUGCAACUAAUUAGAGCUCGGAAAGCUAAUAGUAAGCUGCCUGUGGACCACUAUGUCAAAUAUGCAUUUGGUUGAAAAUGUAUAUGAAAUGUAAGGAAUUCAGUGUAACUUAAUGCAACAUGAAUUUACUCUUAAUGGUGUUUGAGAAGUGUCAUUAUUUUAUCGACAAAACAUCGAAGUACACAGAUGAAGCUCUUUGUAUUCCAUGAAAUUCUGAACUUUGUAUGCAAAUUAAAUGACACAAUGCUUCAAACUGAACAA